AUGAAUAACGAGCAAUUUCGGCGGCUCCUCGCCAACAAUCCGUCAUCUUCCAAGUCUAAUGUCAAUUCUAGCACCCCCGCUCAGAGUAGAGUGCCGGGUGGCGCAACCCCAGGUGGGCUUCUGGGCUCCCGAAUGCGCUCGAGCAUUCCCAUGACGCCUCGCUCUGUAUCUGGUGUUGAUUUCGCGCGACAGCUUGCGGAGCACCGUCGCGAGACCGACCAACAUCCCGCGAAACAGUUCAAGUCCUCUGCUGCUCCGAAGGGCAGUAAAUUGCCUUCCGGGUAUCAAGAUCGUGCCCAGCUACGAAAUGCACAGAAAGAUGGCGAAAGUGAAGAUGAUCUACAAAAGCGGGUCACUGCUCUAGAAGAGAUGGUGAAAUUGGGCCAGAUUGAUCAGGGGACAUUCGAAAAGCUAUGUGUGGAACUUGGUGUUGGUGGUGACACUGGGAGCACGCAUUUGGUGAAAGGUCUAGACUGGGAGCUAUUGAAAAGGGCUAAAGCCGGUGAAGACAUCUCAAAAGCAGCUCUCAAAUCUGAUCCGACGCUAGCAGAAGAAGCACCUCUGACGAGCGAAGAUGCUGAGGAGGAGUUUGAGCGUCUGAUGGAGCAGAAGGGCUUGGAGGAAGUGAAAGCAGCAUCGAAAGAACCCAAAGAAAAGAAGAAAGGAAACAUGGCCCCCCCACCACGAAAGAAGACUCGAGAUGAGAUCCUUAAAGAACUCAAAGCGAGCCGCACAGCCGCAAGCGCGCCAGCUCCGCCCCCCGAACCGAUCUUGGGCUCCAGGUUCAAGAAACUGGGUGACGGAAAGCCAGAGAAAAAACGAUUUAUUGAGACGGAUGAGAAUGGCCGCCGUCGAGAGGUUCUGCUCAUUACCGAUGCUCAGGGCAACACCAAGCGGAAAGUGCGGUGGCUCGACAAGCCAGGCCAGUCGGUCGGAUCAUCUUCCGAUCUACUCAUGCCUGACAAAGCCGCCAAACCUCUCGGAAUGGAGGUACCGGCGGAGAUUGCUGCUCGGACUGCUGCCAAUACAGCGCCAGAAGACGACGAUGACGAUAUCUUUGCCGGCGUAGGUGCCGACUAUGAUCCUCUUGCUGACCUUGAGGAAGAGGACGAUUCAUCCGAUGAAGAUGAUGCACCCGAGAAAUCACAAAACCCAUCUGUCAUUGAACCAGGCCAAAGAUCUGCCGAUGCACCUCAGGCACAAUCUGUAAAACCACGCAAUUACUUCGGUGUCUCGACUUCCUCGAUAGCCCCCGAGGAGCCAGAAGACCGCUCCAACCCUCUUACAAAAGACCCCACUAUCUUGGCUGCGCUUAAGCGAGCAGCAGCUCUUCGGAAGGCCUCUCCGUCUGAAAAUGAUGACAAUGAGUCUGCCGAGUCCUCCCUUCGCCAUAAACGAUUCCUUGAGGAGGCCCGACGGCGCGAUGCCAUGGAUGCUGCUGAUAUGGAUCUUGGAUUCGGCGGCAGUCGUAUUGAGGAUGACGAGGACGAAGAGGGCCCCUUGCUGGAUUUCGAGGGCAAGCCCCGCGGUGGGAAUAAACGCAAGCGUGGACCCAAGAAGAAGAAAGGUGACAAGGACAGUGCAGACGAUGUGAUGCGUGUUCUCGAGGGACGCAAGAAAAAUGCCGAAUAG